AUGGCGCCAGGCAUCGUUCUCCCCGAGUUUGGAACCCCAAUUGGCAUGGUGGUAAUCUGUUUUUCCGCUCUCUCGGUGCUUUAUGUUUUUCAUUCUUCGUUCUUUAGAGUUCCCCGCGCAAAGGGCGUGCCCCUGCUAAGGGAGAGGCCUGGAAAGACGACUUUCAGUUUGAAAAAUCGACUCUCUUAUUUCACCGGCUGCGAAGCUAUAUACCACGAAGCGUAUCAUGGCUACUGCAAGAAAGGCAAGGCGGUCAUAAUCCCGGGCAUCGGUUUCCGUGAUGAGAUCAUCCUGCCCGUUACUUCAAUACACUGGGCAUCAUCGCAACCCGAAAGCGUGCUCAGUAACAAUGAAGCUUUCCUUGAAGUCAAUCAGACCAAAUAUAGUCUCGGCCACACAAAAUAUGUCGGUGACCCAUGGCAGUCCAUGCUCGUAAAACGAGAAAUGAAUGCCGUGUUGGAAAAUAUUGUUGCAGGCUUGAAUGAGGAGCUGCAAGUUGCAUUUGAUGCAUAUUUUGGGACCGACGAGAACUCCUGGAAGCGAAUUAACCUGUUGAGCACUGUGAAGAUGGUUGUUGCCCAGGCGGCCAGUCGGUUUACCGUCGGCUUACCAUUGUGCCGAAAUGGACAGUAUCUCAAAGACUCUCUGACCGCUAUAGAUGGCUGUGUCAUCAAUGCUGCUAUUACCGGUGGCAUGCCUCCUAUGCUGCGUCCUUUCGUUGGCCGGCUUGCCGGAAUGAAGACCCAGCUUGCCCAGAGGAAGGUCAGACGGCAUCUCGAGCCGACAUAUCGUACGCGUCUCGAAGCUUUCAAAAAUACACAACAUGAUCUACAUCACGUCGAGCCUCAGGAUCACCUACAGUUGAUGCUCCGCUAUGCACAGAGGGAGCGGCCUGAAGAGCUGUACAACCUAGACGUCAUAAGCCGUCGCCUCACCGCUGCAAACUUUGGCUCUAUGCAUCAGACGAGCAUACAAGUAACUAAUAUGCUGCUGAAUAUCCUGGGAUCUGACGCCGAGUACAAUACAAUCGAGGUCCUACGUGAUGAGGCCACGCGUAUUAUGGGCAAAGACAAGGAGUGGACAAAAGCCAAAAUCUGCAAGAUGAAUAAAGCAGAUAGUGUCGCGCGUGAGACAAUGCGAUGUCACUCUUUCGGUACCCGAUCCAUCUUGCGAAAGGUCAUGGUCCAUGGGCUCGUCACUGAUACCGGCAUCGAGCUGCCCAAAGGAUCCAUGAUUUCUUUCCUCGCCCAGCCUGCUCAGAUGGACGUGGAGACAUACGAAGAACCACAUAAGUACGAUCCGUUCAGAUUCUCGCGCAUGCGGGACGCGGCGACUAAUUCGGCUAAGGCCAACACGCUGAGUUUCGUUUCAACUGGCUCGAAUUAUUUACCAUUCGGGCAUGGCAAGCACGCUUGCCCAGGACGAUUUCUGCUCGACUUCGAGCUGAAAAUGAUCAUUGCCUAUGUUCUCAGGAAUUAUGAUAUCAAAUUUCCGGAAGAGUACAAUGGCAAGCGCCCUGCAAAUAAAUGGUUAGGCGAAGCGAAUAUUCCUCCCGAGGGAGUGAACCUGUUGGUGAAGAGACGAAUGGGCUCAAUAUGA